AGGGUUAAAUCCUCAGCCCUCUCAGUCGAUGGUCGAGCAGCAGCUGUGGAUCCAACAUGUCGGUCGGUUCUGGAAGUUUCCUCCGGUCCUCCUCCUCCUUCUCCGUCUCUCUCUGUCAGAGGGAUCCGCUCCUGCUCCGCCUCUGAGCGGACACAGUGAAGUCAGUGACCCGGCGGUAAGUGCAGUUCGCCGGCUGAGCUCCAGGAUGUUCGGGUGCCUGGUGGCGGGUCGGCUGGUGCAGACCGACGCGGUGCAGGUCGCUCCGGACAAGUUCGUGUUCAACCUGCCGGACUUUGACAACGUGAACCACGUGGUGGUCUUCAUGCUGGGCACCGUGCCGUUCCCCGCCGGGAUGGGCGGCGCCGUCUAUUUCUCCUUCCCGGACCCGGGGGGCGGCGGCCCGGUGUGGCAGCUGCUCGGCUUCAUCACCAACGACAAACCCAGCGCCAUCUUCAAGAUCUCGGGCCUGAAACCCGGGGACCGCGGCACCGGGCCGCAGCCCUUCGGCUCCAUGGCCGCCUCCUCCGCGGCCCCCUCCGUGGCUCAGGUCGGGGUGUCGGUGGAGCCUCUGGAGCAGCUGGCUCAGGAGAUCCCGGUGUCCAGCGCCGCCGUGUCCUCCGUGGACUCGUUCCUCCAGUUCACCCAGAAGAUGCUGGACAGUCUCUACAACUUCUGCUCCUCCUUCGCUGUGUCACAGGAGCAGAUGACUCCGAACCGAACCGAGACCUUCAUCCCGUCCACUUGCGUCCUCAGGUGGUACGAAAACUUCCAGAGAAGGAUGGCGCAGAACCCGAACUUCUGGAAGUCCUGAUGCCAGGGUCCCAGAAUCUGAACCUGUGGACAAACUGUCAGGACCCUGGAGGCUCAGACCAAAGACUGAUCUUGUGUCCAUUGAGCCCACAGGUUCCUCUAGUCUCGUCUGUAAUCGUCAGAUAAACUGUGAUCACAGGUUCAAUCACCCACUGAUUCUUCAUUUAAAUCAAUUAUUAUAACAAUCAAUAACCAGCAUCAUCAAUAAAGUGAUAUUGGACAGAC